AUGAUUAGCGCCAUUACGGAAUAUUUGGAAGAAUUGAAAGAAUCCUUUACACCAACUGUUGCCAGAGCAGAAGACGAAGAAGAAGGUGGUGAAGAAGAAGGUGGUGACAGCGAAGGUGGUGACGACGAGGAAGAAGAUGAAGACGAAGAAGACGAAGACGAAGAAGACGAAGACGAAGAAGAAGGAGGCGAUCCAUUGGAUUCUCUAAGAGAUGAAUGCGCAAAUACUCCAGAAGGUAAAGAAUUGACUCACCACUUUAUGGAAUGUGUUGAAAGAGUUCACAAGGCCGAAGAGCAGCCAGGUUACGAAGAUGCUGAGUACAAAGAAGACUGUGUUGAAGAAUUCUUCCAUUUGACUCACUAUGUUGACAACUGUGCUGCACCAAGACUAUUCAGCAAGUUGAAAUAA